ACACGACGGUACAAAAUAAAACACUUGUGUAAAGAUGCAUAAUGACGCAGACCCAACAAAUAAACCGCAAAUAAACGAUUAUGUUGGCGCAGAAUGUCGAUGAUAUCUGUAGUUAAACGUUGUAAGCGGCGUAUGUCUGUUCAUCAACACCGAUGCUAUAGUCGAAAGUGUUUUUCGCGAAAUGGCUGAGGAACAAUUAGUCGAAUGGUUUCGAGCUUGUGAUAAAAAAGGUACCGGAAAAAUCGGCCGGAGUGAAUUCAAGAAUUUCGUAGCCAACUACGGAAUAUCGCCCAGCGAAGCCGAUGCCAUUUUCAAUGAUCUGGAUAACGAUAAGGAUGACGAGAUGAAUAUGAAUGAUUUUCUGAGAGAGUUUAGAAAAACUCUAGACAGAAGCGAAAACGCCCAGAAGAAUUGUUAUACUGGAAAGAUGCAUAUGAUGAUCGAGAGAAGAAAAUCUGAUGCUAAGUUGGCUAUGUCUCAUCUGGUUGAUGGUAUCGGCGAAGGAGUUGCCCGCAAGUUUCUCAAUAAUAGUGGGAAAGAAAUCGAAGAAUUGUAUCACGAAUUACAAAACGUUGACUCUUCGCCGGAACUUGUUACCCAAUUCGAAAAAACCUUGAGCUCGUUAUUCCAAGAUGUGAAAAAUCUGUACGAUGAGAAUCAAAAAUUGGAACAAAUGUUCAUCAAAGAAAAAGAAUUCCGUGCUAAAACAAUGAAAGGUCUAGAAGAAGAAUUCGAUUCGCAGAUAGCCAAAGUCGAAGCUAACGCUAGAGAACAAGCAUACUUGAGAUACGAGCAAGAAAAGAAAGAAAUUCAAGAAAGAUUGGAAUCUGAAAAAGCAGAACUUGAAAUGAAGUUGAAAGUUAUUGAAAAAACUAAUCUACGUUUAUCGCAACAAAAAACCGACAGCAGUCAUUUAGGUCUAAAAUAUGAAACAAAUAUCGAAAAUGAAAAACUUAAAGAUCUUCUGUCCGAUACAAGAACAAAUUUCGCGUACGUUAAUUCUGAAAUGGCACGAAUCAAAUCUGAGUAUGAAACAAAAUGCAGAGAAUUGAAUAAUCAUCAUGAGGCAGUAAUGCAAUACAUGGAACAAAAUAAGUUUGUAAGAAGACAACUAGCUUUGUUACAAAAAGCCAACGAAAAUCUACAAGAUACCAAUGAUAGUUUAUUAACAAUUAUGGAAACUGCAUCGGGUAGGAUAACACCCUACUGUGUCAGUAGAGCUGGUUCAGAUUCAGGAAAUUCUGAUAAUAAAGGUCACGUUUGUAAUAGAAUGACUCUGAAACCAAUGCAUAAUCAUUUACUGAACGAACAAAAUUACGAAAAUGGAAGCCAGUAUGUAAUUCAAAGGCUCAUGGAAGAUAUAGACAGUGGUCAUUCAACACUUAGAGAUCCUAUCGAAUGUGAUAUUGAUAAUAAAUGGGUUCACGAAGAAUUUUCCGAUGCUGAAUCGCUGUUUAAAUCUCUCGAAUCUGAUGACAGUAAAAAUUCUCGUCAACGAACCAAUAAAUCAGACUACGGUCGCAUGACUCCUGUCUCUGUGAUGAGUUUCGAAGCCACCGGAAAUCCAGAUCGAACUUACAAAGUGGUUCUGGCCGGAGAUGCUGCUGUGGGCAAAAGUUGUUUUAUUCAUAGAUUUUGUAGAGGAAAUUUCUCCAAUAGAAUAGGUUCAACUUUAGGUGUUGAUUUUCAAAUAAAAACGAUCCGAGUAGAUGAAAAAAAUAUUGCUUUGCAAUUAUGGGAUACAGCAGGCCAAGAAAGAUUUCGAUCCAUGACAAAAACCUAUUUCCGAAGAGCCGACGGCGUCGUAUUACUUUACGACGUAACCAGCGAACGUUCAUUUCUCAAUAUUCGUCAAUGGAUACAAUCCAUCAACGAAUGUGCCGAUAAAGAAAUCCCUAUACUAAUUUGCGGUAAUAAAAUUGACCUACGAGACGAAGCGAUGAGUUUAGGAGCCAGUUGUGUACAAACUAAACACGGUGAAGCUUUGGCAAAAGAUCACAAUGCGUUAUUUUUCGAAACGAGUUCCAAAUCGGGUAAAAAUAUAUUCGACGCUAUCAUCGCCAUUUCAAGGGAAAUGCUUCUGAAAGAAGAUGUAGAAGUACAAACUUCUGCUUUGCAAGUAUCUCAAAUUCAUCGAUCUGCAUCUUGUUGCGGUCGUUGACCUUUGUUACGGUGAUUCUUUCAUUCUAUAAGAUGUUCAGCGUUGAAGAAGGUUGAUUAGAUCGAUCUAAUGAUCUAUAAUAUACUUGUAGACUGAAUCCUGCCCUUCGUACGUACCUACGAUGAUUUACAAAAUCAUUUACCAUAUUAUAAUAUGAUGUUCACUAUUUUUUUUUAUCAGAAUUUUUUUAAAUGUGCGAAACGUGUUGUAUAAUUUUGUAACUGUAUAUUUUUAUCAUUGGUCAUAAUUAAAUUAGUCUGAUGAAAAUUUUUAUAAAUGCAAUAUUAUGCAUAAAUACAUACGUAUAGGUAAGGUAUAAAACAGUUUGUAUAUAUAAAUUACAUUUGUAGAUAAAAUAUGUACACUUUAAGUGCUAUUUAAGCAAUAAGGACUAGUAACAACAUACACAGUAGUCUAUGACUAAAAAUUAAAAAAUACACAAAUAAGAAAUACCAUACUAUUGCAGUCUGUUUUGAAUUGAAAGGAAUAUUGUUGAAAUUCCUAUCAAAACUUGCAACUAAAUCAAGUUGUAAUUUCUUGGAGUCAUCACCUCUCAUAAUUUCAAGAUAUACCUACUAACUAGGUACUUAUUUAUUGAAUUAUUCGAGUAUUUAUUACAAGUAGGUACUGUACUUCAUUCUACAAAAUUACAAAUCAAAUGGAAGAGAAAGAUGGGUAAGGAACUUGUAAAUAGGUUGGAUAAAAACACAAAAAUUGACCAAUAAUAAUUUAAUUCAACACAUUUUACCGCAAUGAGGAUGAAAGAGGAUUGAAUGAGGAUGCUUUCUGUUCACAGGGAGACUGAUUGAUUUUUUUGUUUAGAUGAAGGUUGAAUUUUAACAGGGAUGAGGCCCCGACCGAUUUUUUUCAGGUUCCGGGUUUCGGGACUUGGGCUUUCAAUCAGAAAUUUAUUAUGUCUUGGACUUGGAUUGGGGCCCAGGAAAUUUUGGCUUUGGGUUUCAGCCGGGCUUAGUGUCCAGGGCUUGAAUGAAAUGUUUAGGGCGUUUCGUGGCUUUUCGGGGCUUGAAAUUGAGGGGUUCCAUGGAAAAGGGGCCUUAGUCUUUUUUUUGUUUUUUUUUCAUUUACCUACAACUUUGAAUGUACCUAUUAAAAAUUUUUUUAAAAUAAUUUCACCAUAUUCAGUGAUAUUGAACUGUUCUUUCAUGAAAAAAAAAACGAAAUGGAAAAUGUUAGCUUGUAGAAAAGUUUUACAAGUUCAUUUGAACUUGUUAAGAAUUACUGAAAAAAAAGGUGUAAGGCCCCUUUUCCAUGAAGCCUCUCAAUUGCAAUUUUAAUGAAGAAUAAAGUAAAAUCUUAUUUGAUUUUCUGUUGAAAAAAAAAAAAACAUUUCAAGGACAGAUUCCAAUUGCUUUUUUCAAAAUUAUUUGAAUAGAACAGUUUUUUUAAAAAAAUCAGAAUUAAAUUUUUUUGUAGUUUUCAAAUUAUUAUCCAAAUUUUUUCAGUGUCGUUUUUCAUAAAGAACAAUGAACUACAUACCUACAUAAUAUUAUAAAUAAUGUACCAAAAACCCCUUGAAAUAUUAAACUUUUUGCUGAAGUUGUAAUUUUUUUUGAAAAUCAUCUUUUUUGACUUUUGAAGUUUUGAGAUCCACAGAACGGUAAUAGCAAUAGUAAUUUCAAUUUGCAAAAUUUACACAAGCCCCGAAAAGCCCUGAUCACAGUUUGGGUUUCAGCCUUUCAGGGCUCACGUUCGGGGCUUGGUUUUCAGAGGAAAAGGUUUCAGACUUUGGGACAGGCCAGGGCUUUGUAGGUUACAGUUUUUAAGGUUUUGGGGCUUGAACAUUCGGGCUUCAAGGAAAUAAUCGGGGCUUUUUCGAGUUUUGGGCCCUGGUCCUGGGCCGAGCCUCAUCCCUGAAUUAUUUUACAAUAAAAAAAAUAUGUGAAAUUUUAUUUUUAAAAAUUAUGAACUGGUGAAAAAAAAAGUUGCAAGUUUUGACGUAGGUAAUAGGUAUCUACAAGAUGGGUGAAAUAAAUAUACCAAUCGGAUUGGUCAAGAUGAAGUACAGGGUGCCCACUGCCCAGAAACAGGGAUUUCCAGCCAAUCAUCGAUUAGCUUUUGGCUAUCAGCUUUUAGCUUGAUUUUCAUUAGCUUAAAUAAAGCUGGCUAUUGGCUGGCAAAAUUUCAUUGGCUGGCGAUUGGCUGGCUUUUGGCUUACGAAAACAAAAAUACAUGUGACCCCUCAAAAUACUCGUUAUGACGUGUAGACGAUUAUUAAAAGGACAAUUUUCAUUUCUGUUGUGUCAGUGAGUGUAAGACGUGAGUCACGAGUGAAAAAAAAAUAAAAAAUGAGAAAAAAAUUUUAAAAAAUUGAAAAAUUUGAAAAUCACUCCCAACCCCAAGUUCAUUAGCUUUUAGCUAUUAGCUAUUGGCUGGCAAUUUUUCAUUAAGCCAGCUUUUGGCUAUUGGCUUAAAUACCAUUAGCUUGCAUCAGCUAUUGGCUUUUGGCUUUUAGCUAUUGGCUGGCUGGAAGUGGAAAUCCCUGCCCAGAAAUAUCGAAUACUCCUAAAAAAGUUUUCUACUAAAAUACUUUGGUUGGUCACAGUGAAUGAUAAUAAUUAUAGCACAUGAUUGGUUGUUGGACUGGAGAGAUGACAUUCCACCAAUCAUAGGUAUGCAUCUAUUUCACGUUGCCAACCUAUAUUUUUUUUAAUGAGAAACUUUCUUUGGGGUACUCGAUAUUUCUGGGCACCCUGUAUGUACUUCUUUAAAAAAGCCGCCAAAACGAGCAACUGAUAUCUAAUGUUAUCACUACUUAGGUAUCAGUACUUCAGUAGAGCAAUUUUUAGCCCAUUCAUUAGUCUUAUUUCAGUCCUAUAAUUAAAGCUUGAGUUUAGUCUAUAGUUAGACCAUUGCUGUUCAAGUGUUUAAUUACACGAUUUUUGUAAUAAUAUUUCACUCUCCGAUCUAACUAUUUUAUUAAAAUGAUACUUCAAGGAACUGGCGGAGCCGGAGCUGCUCUUCGAAUUCAAUCCUGUUUUUCACAUUUAUUCAGAGCCCAUAAUUUUUGUAAAGUGAAGACUAUUCACAGUCCUAUAUUAAUCAGAUGUUCUUCCAAUGAUGAGAGCUCACAUAUAGCUCUGUUAUCACGUCACAUGGAAAUACUUGAUAGGUAUUCAAAAACUAUGAAAGAGAAUGGUGAAUUAUUGCUCAAAAAUUCCCAACUUCAAACCGAUUUAGAAAUCGCACAGAGGGCUCUAAAGGAUCACCAACGAGAGUACGAUGCUUUACUCACCAGGAUGACUAAGAAUGAAUCAACUAAAACUAAUGGUACUGAUUCAUGCUGCCGUUGGUGCUGCUGCGCAUCACUUUAAUGUUAACGAUUAUUCAGAUUUGUACAUAUGAUCUUGAAUCUUUGAUAAUUUUUGAUAACUUUGACAAAAUUGAAAAUGUUGAAAACUAUAUCAUGGUUUGCUUGCUUCUUAUUGCUUCAUAAGGUUAAUUUAUUUUAAAUCAGAAAGAAAAGACAAUGUUAGGAGUAGAUAUUUAUCAAAUCCUUCAUAUUAGUAGUACCUUAGAUGGCUAUCAAGUACGAAAUAAUUUUUCAUCCCUCUUAGAUAGAAAAAUUUCGAUUUUAAAAUUGAUAAGAUUGUUGAACAUCUCGAUAAUCUCAACUUUACAUUUUCAAUAUAGGUAUUAGCAUGUUUAA